ACUUUCAAAUUAUAAUUUUUGAUAUAUAUGUCAAUAGCAUAGACGUUUGUUUGACGUUUCUAUUAGAAAUGAAAUCGGAAACGUAUUCACAAAACACGGAGGGAAAAUUUAAAUUCAAAUGCUUCGACCUGUCGUCAUUGUGUGGUCGACACCCUCGCAGAAGUGUGAUGUUUGUCGGAAUUACAGGGAUGGUAGUAUCUUUAGUAAUACUGCUAUGUUCAGUGACGUAUCUUCUCAACACGACGUACUUGGAUGGCUUUAGCAAAAAGCCAAUAUCAGCUGUCAAUUUAAUAUUCUCCCUGGUCUCCACAAGUUUAUCAAUCUAUCAGAUUGUUAUAUCUUUCUUGCUCUUUCUUCAAACUUUUUGGGUUAACAACAGUAUAUUUUUAUGUUCAUUGUGGUACGUAUCGCAUCUCUCAAUCCUGAUAGUAUAUGGAAUACUCUAUAUCGCAAGAUCUGUUGUAUGUUUCUUACAAAAUAUGUAUGCUCCAGCAGUUGUUACCAUUUUUGUUGGAUUCGUUUAUGAAGCCGUGUUCAUUUACUUUUGCGUUGUUGUGAACAAUUACAUGAAUUCUUUAAACCAAGUCAGAUAUUUUUGAAAGUUUGUUAUCAACAUAAUAUUAGUA